CACCACGUCGCUCUCUUCUACUACUUCUCUCUCUCUCUCUCUCUCUCUCUCUCUCUCUCUCAAACUUGUUCUUAGCCUCGUUUAACUCCCGCGCACUCUCUUCGUCUUAGCCUACUGUUUCCUCGAUUCCAAUAAUCGCAGAAAAGCAGCAGAAGUCACGCCAAAGCUUUUAAAAUCCCCUUCUCUCUCUCUCUGUAAAAUCCCCUUCUCUCACUCCCUACUGAACUUUCUCUCUAGAACGCGCCUUUAUUUCCUAGUAUUUUGCAGUCUUCAAGAAUCACAGGAAAGCACCUCCUCUCUCUCUCAAAAUGGAGGGUCAGCUUCCUAUAUAUCAACUGAGUUGUCAGCUUCGAGGCCAUGAUGAUGAUGUUCGUGGAUUAUGUAUUUGUGGAGAUACUGGAAUCGCAUCAUCUUCAAGAGACAAAACUGUCCGCUUUUGGUCCUUAGAUGAUGCGCACAAGAAUAAGUAUGUGAUUGAAAAAGUAAUGGCGGGUGGUCACACUAGCUUUGUGGGCCCAUUGGCUUGGUUGCCGCCUAAUGAGGAUUUCCCUAGAGGUAGGAUUGUAUCCGCAGGGAUGGAUACACUCGUAGUGUCAUGGGAUGUGAAAACUGCUCAGGUUUUACACAAAAUGAAGGGUCAUCAACUCCAAGUCACCGGCCUCACAAUUGAUGACAAUGGGGAUAUUCUUUCAUCUUCAAUUGACUGUUCUAUAAUACGGUGGAGAAAUGGUCAGCUGCUGGAGUCCUGGGAGGCACAUAAAGAGCCUGUCCAGACUGUUAUAAAACUGCCCACGGGGGAGCUUGUUACAGGAUCUACUGAUAUGGCAAUGAAACUUUGGAAAGGAAGAACUUGUCUGUACACUUUUGUGGGGCAUACAGACACAGUGCGAAGUUUGGCAGUAAUGCCCGAUUUGGGGAUUCUUUCCGCAUCACAUGAUGGGUCUGUUAGGUUGUGGUCCUUCUCUGGUGAUUUGUUAUUAGAGAUGGUUGGGCACACUUCGAUUGUCUAUUCUGUGGCUGCACACUCUUCUGGGCUAAUUGCGAGUGGCAGUGAAGAUUGUUUUGCCAAAAUAUGGAAAGAUGGAGUUUGUAUACAAAGCAUUGAGCACCCUGGUUGCUUAUGGGAUGUUAAAUUUUUGGAAAAUGGAGACUUCGUGACAGCUUGUUCUGAUGGUGUUGUAAGGAUCUGGACAAAAGAUAAGGAUAAAUUAUGUUCUCCAGAGGAUUCUAACACAUACGCCGCUCAACUUUCAUUACGCAGGAAUCAAAUGAAGAAGGUUGGGGGAGUAAAAUUGGCAGAUUUACCUGGGGUGGAAGCCUUGAAAAAUCAAGGAACCAGAGAUGGACAGACCCUAAUAGUUAGGGAGGGAGAUAACGGUGUUGCAUACUCUUGGAACUCAAGGGAAACAAAAUGGGAUAAAAUUGGUGAAGUGGUGGAUGGGCCAGAGGACAACAUGGGUCCGAAAUCCCUUGAUGGUGUUCAGUACGACUAUGUGUUUGAUGUUGACAUCGGAGACGGUGAACCCACUCGAAAACUACCAUACAAUCAAGCAGAUAACCCCUAUGAUGUUGCUGACAAGUGGCUUCUAAAGGAGAAUCUUCCCCUCGCAUAUCGUCAACAAAUUGUAGAUUUUAUAUUGCAAAAUUCUGGGCCAAGAAACACCUCCCUGAAUGGCUCAUUUGUCGAUCCUUAUACUGGAGCAAAUGCUUAUGUGCCGGGUGGACCAUCAAAUCUAUCAGAUAUUCAUAAGAAACCCAAUUUCAAGCACAUCCCCAAGAGAGGGAUGCUUUUGUUUGAUGCUGCUAAUUUUGAUGGGAUUCUUCGCAAGAUUGAUGAGUUCAAUAAUUCUUUGCUGGCAGAUUCGGUUCAAAAGCAUUUGUCAUUGACUGAACUGGAACUGUCAAAGCUGACUAGCAUUGUUGCAGUACUAAAAGAUACAUCUCGUUACCACACUACCACUUUUACAGAUGCUGAGUUACGUUUGUUGGUGAAGUUAUUAGCACUUUGGCCGAUUCCCAUGUUAUUUCCAGUUAUCGAUCUUGUGAAAAUGAUUGUGUUACAUCCUCAGGGAGCAACUUUAUUGAUGAGAUAUACUGAAGAUGGAAAUGAUGUAUUAGCGGAGACCUUUAGAAAAGCUACAACUAGCCCUGCUCAGUUAGGCAACCAAUUGACUAGCAUUCGCACUGUUGUAAAUCUUUUCAAGAGUUCAGGUUUCCACAAUUGGCUACAACACCACCGAGAUGAGAUUCUCGAUUUAUUCUCACCUUGCUGUAACUCUUCCAAUAAAAGCCUGCAACUGGCAUAUUCAACUCUGCUACUCAAUUAUACGGUGUUGUUGAAUGAAAAGAAGGAUGUCGAUGGCCAAGCUCAAGUUCUUUCAGCUGCUCUAGAAUGCAUCCCACGUGAAAUGCAGAUGGCAGAGGAUGAAAAGCUUGAUCCUGAUGCAAGAUUUCGUGUGCUUGUUGCAAUUGGUUCACUUAUGCUUGAGGGCCAUAUGAAAAAGAUAGCACUGGACUUUGAUGUUGAAAAUGUUGCUAAAGCCGCGAAAGCUUCAAAGAUGGCCAAGAUCGCAGAAGUUGGAGCUGACAUUGAAUUCCUUAGUAGUAUACCAUAGCUCAGAGAUGGUGACUGCAGUACGAAAUGAGAUGGGGAAUAGAGAUGGUGGAAUAGAGAUGGUGACCUUUCAGUCUGGCACUCUCACUUUUGUGUAGCUUUAGCUGAAAUGAGAUGGGGCAACGAACAAUUAUUGAGGCAGGCAAUUUGAGUUGAGUUUUAUGAGAUGUGAAAUGGGUGCUCGGUGGGACACAGCCUACCCAUAUUCAUUAUUCAUCUCGCUUUCCGGCUAAUAUUUGAGUCAUAUUUAAAGUGAACUGCAAAUUUGGGUUGUCCUUGUUUGUAGAAAACUUUAUAACAAUAAGAAUACUGGAACACUUCGAAUGACAAUAACUUUGGGAUGGUGGUUACAGUGGGCAUUCUGGAAAGAGAUUUUUGCCCUACAUUUUUGUGGCCUCUCUCUCCUCUCUCUCCAUCUUUGUUUGUGGUAUAAAUCCGAGCUUGUUCUUGAUC